UGUGAGAUCUUCGUGUACGCCUGUCGCAUAGUGGGCGAACGAGAGCAACAACUGCCCACGCCGCUGGAGCGGUUCACGCAUUUCGCCCAACUGGAUCCGCGCUUUUUAAUGCCUUUACACUUGGCCGAGGCAUAUGAACGCAAAGCCUUAGCGAGCUGUGGUACCGCUCUCCGGCAGCUUGCCAUCCGACUGCCUCCCAACAAUGUCUCUGCGGCGCCGGCCACGUUGACCCAAUUUACGCGACCCCCACCAGCACCGGCGCCGGCGUUAACUCGUCCACAACUUCAGUUGCAUCCCCUCAAAGGUCUAUCACUGGCAUGA